AUGAGCCAACAGGAGGGUAAUCGUCCAUCUACACAGAUAAAGAAUGGAGCUGCCGACGAAGAGAUCAUUACACAGAUCACGCUGGCUGGUUUGAAGGUUAUCAUGCUUCGCAAGGGUGACCAGAUCAUAUACAAGUUGCCAGACAAUGUACCGGUGCAAUCACUUGCCGACGAUCAACGUGAACGCCUCUUGCAAGAGAUACAAAAGCUUCAUGCAGCAACACUAGCAGCAGCAACACGCAAUGCGACGGGUGGUACAGGAAGUUCAGCUACGAACGAGCAGGGAGGGAAUAAGACCAUUGCACCUAAACAUAAUGGCAUCUCGGCUCCUUUACCAAGUUCACCUGAUCCAGAUGCACUGAAGGAAACAGCACGCAAAUUGCGCGAGGAAUAUGAAAGAGAACAGCAAAAACAACAACCAAUGAUGAUCGGCAACAUGCCUGAAACGACAUCUUCUUCAUCAUCAUCAAUGGGUGGAUCUAUCAAGACGACUCGCAAAUACGUCAAGACUGGCAAAUAUUCAAAGAAACGGUUACAUCAUCCUCAUCAGUUGGCAGCUGCAUCUUCUUCAUCAGGUCAACUCCCAUUACCACCACAUCCUCAACACCAGCAACACCAACAACAGCAUCAGCAAUCCGCACCACCUCUGAUUGCAUUGCAUCAUAUGGUCGCUCAACAACCACAACAGCAACAGCAACCCAUCCCACCCAAUUUUACUCUACCAAGUCAUCUUGCUACCAAAUCAAUCCUUGCUAAACGACUCCCUGAAGAGGAACUCCAUCAUCAAGAUGUCAAACGAAGGAUUUAUGAUUCAAUACUUUCGGAUCACAAAGCAGUAACCGAGCCAGAUUACAAGACCCCAUUCAGGUCGAAACAGGAUGUCAUUGAUCGAUUACUUCCUUAUCACAUAUAUCAAUAUCCAAAGGUUGAUAUGGAUGCGAACAAGAUACCGAUGGACAAGCAAGAUCAAUUAACCAUGGAGAUAUUCAAGAGCCAAGCAGAGCUUUUCAAGAGGUUCUCUGAUGUAUGUAACAAGGUUAUCGAGGGUCGAGGCAUUAGACAACUUCAAAUCAUGCUUGAACGACAACUGCUUGCGGAUCAAAGGCAACGUUUGACUGAGGAACAGGCUCGUGUGGCUGCCGAGCAAGCUGCGAUUCAACAAGCGGAAGCCCAACAACGAAUGAGUGAACAAAAUCGGAUGGCCAGCGGGAUGUCAAACUACAUGGCAGCCAUAUUACAGAAUCCACAAAUAUUGAAUCAGUACAGUCAAUUGAGCCCUGAGCAGCAACAAAAGUUUCUUCAAAAUCAAGAGCAGAUUGUGGCAUUAUUAGAACAGCAUGCCAAGGAGCUCAAUUCUAAACCAACAGCCAAUCCCACUCAUUCCAAUGUCACAUCAGCAUCCAAUACACCCACUCAACAGCCAUCCUCUUCUUCGAAUGAUCAAGCAUAA